AUGUCCGCCACAAUACUCAAUGCACUGCAGAUUACCGCCUUCCGGACAGCGUUGGCGUCUAUGAUCGUCCUCUUGCACCACAGACUCCCGGAACAAGCGAAUAUUGUAGUUUUCGGUGCUGGUAAGCAGGCCGAGUGGCAUAUCCGAUUGUCACUACUAUUAGGAGCAGCAAAGAUCACGACCGUUACUAUUGUGAACCGGCGCGUGGAGACUUUGGUGAAGUUUGACACAACACUCCUAGCAGAGCUCCGAAGUCAGUUUCCUCAGAUUACAUUUAGCUCCAUUUCCAACGAGGAACCGGAUUUCGACCCCAAAUUACGGAAUAUCCUUGAAGCAGCCGAUGCUAUCUUUUGCUGCACUCCGUCUUCUCAGCCGCUAUUCCCCGAUUCAUAUCUACAUCAUGGUGACCAAAGUGAGCAUAAGACCCGAUUUAUUUCCCUGGUUGGAUCAUACAAGCCACACAUGGAGGAGAUCGACUCUGCAACGCUGUUAUCGGGGAGCAAGAUCCUGGUGGCCUCGAAAGAGGCAUGCCUGGAAGAGGCUGGGGAGUUGAUCAAGGCGAAUGUACAGGACGAGCUGGUGGAGGUGGGCGAAUUGCCAUUCCCGUUCGAAGGAGCCGAGGGGAGAGAGGCGCCGCUUUUGGAGGGAAACACGAUAUUUAAGUGUGUUGGGAUGGGGAUUAUGGACAUUGCUAUCGGCAGGGAAUUGCUGAACGUCGCGAGAGGGAAAGGAAUUGGCAUUCAGAUUGAGUCGUCUUAA